AUGCCUCCCUUACCAGGUGCUAGCAAGAAGAAGAAUCGAGACGGGCGACGGUCUCGAAGCAGAAACACGACACCAAGCUCGGUGAUCAGUGCUGGAACUGCCCCGCCCGCACCAACGACCACUCCGCUCCUCGAGUUGGAAGUGUCCAAACUCUUGGUGUCUUCGAAGCCGAAUUAUGCAGAGAUCAUAGACCAUCUGGAUACUCAUGGCUCCAAACUGGAGCCCAAGUCGCUGCACGAUAUCAUUGACCAGUUGAAGCAUCUCAGUGAAUCCGCCGAAAAACGCGCCGAGUCAUGCGAGAAAGCCAUCCGGCUCAUCCAUGAGCAGAAGAAGAAUGUGGAAACAGACCAGCAAGAUCGCGAUCGUCAGGCUGAGCAGGCUCGCCGGGCUAAAGCACGCAAAGAGGAAGGCCAGUCGCAGAAGAAUCCCAAGGCGAAGAAACGAAAAGACAGACCUGAGACGGUGGACAAUGUCGAGAUCAAGAAAGAAGAAGAACCUUCAAAGACGAAAUUGUCCCGUGCCACACCUGGUCCCUUGGACAGUCCUUCUCCUUCAAAGAAGACCAAACUCAGCCCUGGGACAUCAUCAUUGUCCGAAGUCGCUGAUUCUCCAGACGCCGCAGCUGCCAGCGCACACGCCUCACCAACCAAGUCGGACGUGUCUAUGUCAGACGCAGAAGACAACCGCGUUGUUCCGCCGCCCAUUCCCCAGCAAGGUUUCUUCCCCGACCCCCUGGCACCUGACCCAGUAAUCUACCACAUUCGCGAAGUGACUCCAAGCAUGUCGGACGAGGAGAAGAAGGAGAUUUACAGUGUCACGGCGUAUCCGACGAAGGAUCUGAGUGACCAAGUCGCCGGCACACCACCUGACAAAGACUUUAGCAACGCUAAGCCAACCAACCAAGUUGCUGCUAACACUUUCCUCACCUAUGUGGAACCGUAUGUCCGACCUCUGACAGAAGAGGACAUUGCAUGGUUGCGUGAACGAGGCGAUCGCACUACUCCAUUUCUCGCAGUACCCCGAGGCAAACGUUCCUAUCAAGAGAUCUGGGCAGAAGAAGAUUCGGGAUCCGUUCCCGUGGAGAAUGGCAAUGAGAAAUCCUUGAACCAUCCAAGAGGGAAUCUGGAACAAAUCAACGAUGACAACGUCGCGACAGACCAGAUCUCGACGGGACCACUCGCUAGCCGACUGCUUUCCCUUCUCAAGUUCGAGCAUCGAUCCCCACCGAGUGAGACCAAUCCUACUGGCGACUUGAAUACAUUCAUGAAUGAUGGCAACGAUACUAUGGAUUUGGAUGGGCUCACUAAUGGUCAUGACAACUCUGAGAAGCCACUGCCUCCUGCAGCAGCUGUGGCAGACCAGGCACCUGCCAAAUCGUCUAACUCCCAGCGCCUCGACUACGUGCAGAGUGAGGAACGAAUCAAAGGUGAACUUCGGCAUCUUGGUUUGUUGGGCCAGGAUGAAAAUCCCGAUUAUGACGCCCACCAUGACGAUGAUAUCAGCGAGAGAUUACGUCUGCUGCAGGGUGAGCUGCGUCGCGUCAUGGUCGUCAACGGGGCACGCAAAUCCCGUCUGCUGGAUCUGGCCAAGGAAAGACUCGCUUUUCAGGAAUACAGCACUAUCCAUGAAGACCUUGACAGCCAAGUUCAACAAGCCUACCUCAAGCGAACUCGUACUUUGGGCAAGACAAAGAAGGGUGGACCAGGAGCCAACAAACCAAAACCGGGCAGCCACGGCAUUGGUGGACCUGGAACAGCAAUGAGCGUGAACAGAGCAAGAGAUAUUGGUGACUCGGCCCGGAUGCUUAUGGAUCGCAGAAAGAGAUGGGAGAACUGCAUCGGUCCGGUCUUCAAAGAUAUGAACCACGGCAUUCCUCCCAAGGGCACUACACUGUGGGAUCCAAAGAUCAUGGAAACGUACGAGAAAGCCGAGUUGGAAGCUCUUGAAGAAGAAGCAGAAGAAUGA